GGUUCACAACACUUUUCUCUGCGAUGUGUCAAAUUUGCCAAAAAUGUAUUUUCACAUAGACUUUCAGAAUAAAUUUCAAAUGAGGGAAAUACCUUAAUUAUUGGAAAAUCAUUGAAUUAAAGAUAAGGUUUGUAGCUUCUUGAUUUUUAAACGUUUGUAUGAGUGUGAAAGCUGGAGGUGCAAAGCGUGUGGGGAAGCUGAUGGUGCUGGAAAGACAGAUGGAUGAGUCUUUUUUUUUUUUCCCCCUCCUCCCUGUUAAUGAUUAAGAAGCUGUUCUGUAAAUAUGAUGCUCGCAUGCGCUGGGCCUGCUCGCUCAUCUCCUCACGGUACAGCACCUCAUCGACCUUCUUCCUCGUCUUCCUCCUGACAAAAGAUCCACCGGCUGCUUCUGCUCUGCUUUAGGCCUUCUUCAGGACCCAAAUGAGCAGCUUCUUCCUAUUUUUUAUUUUUAUUUUUAUUUUUAUAAAAUAAAACUCUUAAAUGUCCCCCGUGCAUGGUAUGACUAUGGCGAUGAAGCGCAGCCGUGAGAGUUCGGCUGCGGAUAGGCUUUUACCUCUUCACGCUUUCAACAAAACUUUGUGCGGCUCACAAGUGGACACAGCCUUCCGUGGACGCUUUAACCAGGACGAUGAUUCUGCCAUCAAAUCAGAGGCGGAGGACAGCAACGAAAUGGCGUCCUCAGAGGAAGACCAGGAUCUGGACCAGGACCAGAAUGAGGAAGUGAGUGCCAAAGCAAGCCUGGCUUCACCCAGGAAAAGCAUCAACAAGAUGAGCAAGGACAAGAAGAAGCAGACACAGCUCACACUGCAGUGGCUGGAGGAGAACUACAUUGUGUGCGAGGGUGUGUGUCUCCCUCGCUGCAUCCUCUAUGCUCACUACCUGGACUUCUGCAGGAAAAUCAAACUGGAGCCCGCCUGCGCUGCCACUUUUGGAAAAACAAUCCGACAGAAGUUCCCUCUCCUCACCACUAGGAGACUGGGAACCAGGGGACAUUCUAAGUAUCAUUACUAUGGCAUCGGCAUCAAAGAGAGCAGCGCUUACUAUCAUUCCGUCUACUCAGGGAAAGGUUUGACCAGAUUUUCUGGAAGCAAGAUGAAGAAUGAGGGAGGCUUCACCAGGAAAUACUCUCUUAGCUCCAAAACGGGAACGCUGCUCCCGGAAUUCCCUAGCGCCCAGCACCUUAUUCUGCAGGGAAACAUCUCCCGGGAAAAGGUGGACACGCUGAUCAUGAUGUACAAGACGCACUGUCAGUGCAUCUUGGACAACGCCAUCAAUGUCAACUUUGACGAGAUACACAACUUCCUGUUGCACUUCUGGCAGGGCAUGCCCGACCACCUGUUGCCACUGCUGGACAACCCGUUGCUGGUGGACAUUUUGUGCGUGUGCGACUCCAUUUUGUAUAAGGUUUUGACUGAUGUGCUCAUUCCCGCCACAAUGCAAGAGAUGCCUGAAAGCCUGCUCGCGGAUAUCUGCAACUUUGCCAAGCACUGGGAAAUGUGGCUGGCCUCCUCCCUGGACAACCUCCCACAAUGCCUUGCUGCCAAGAAGCUGCCCAUCGCGCGCCGAUUUGUGUCCUCCCUCAAGCGGCAGACGUCCUUCUUGCACCUGGCGCAGAUCGCCCGUCCGGCGCUGUUUGACCAAAGCGUGGUGAGCAACAUGGUGGCGGACAUGGACAAUGUGGACCUGAACAGCAUCAGCCUGCAAUCGCUGCUCAGCAUCAACGCCAAUGGCGAACAGCUGCAUGACGCCCACUCCGACUACGAGGCCAUCGCCGUCUUCCAGGAGCUGAAGGAGCUUUUAAGGAAGAAUGCCACCGUCGAAUCCUUUGUCGAGUGGCUGGACACCGUGGUGGAGCACAAAGUCAUUAAGCCGGGCAAACAGGGCGGUCGCUCGGUGAGGAGGCGAGCUCAGGACUUCCUGCUGCGCUGGAGCUUCUUCGGCGCCCGCGUGAUGCACAACCUCACACUCAACAACGCCGCCAGUUUCGGUUCCUUCCAUCUGAUCCGGAUGCUUCUGGAUGAAUACAUCCUACUGGCGCUCGAAACCCAGUUCAACAACGACAAAGAGCGCGACCUGCAGAACCUUCUGGACAAACACAUGAAAAAAGAAGGGGCCAGUAAAGCAGCCUUUUUGGCAUGUCCCAGCUCCUGCUUCCUAGCCAAUCGCAACAAAGUCAACAGUGCGCCUGUCGUCGUCGACCAAUCGGUGAAGAGCGAGUCCUCGGGACAGGAUGCCUCUGUGUCUCUGGCGGACAACCGGCAGCGAGGGGUGGAGACGGGCGCUGCCAUCGUCAUAUCCGUGACGGAUUCUGUUGACUUCCCUGGUGCAGGCGGUCCCGCAGACUUUUGUGCUUCAGUCAUGACGCCUCCUAUCUCUCCGGCGCCGCUGGUGCACAGAGGCUCGGUCAUCAACCAGGGGCCACGAGCCCCGACUUCUUCCUGCUCCUCUUCGUCUUCGUCAUCAUCCUACCUCUCCACGUUGGGUGCCGUAAACCAGCCCAACCUCUGUGCCGUCUUCCCGGAGACUUUGUACCCCUGCUCAGCCUACUUCCCUAUGCCCGCAUCCGCUUACCAGCCUGGACUCAGGCCCGAGGUGGAGAGCACAUUCUCGUCUUGCGUCACGACGUCCUCCUUGGCCUACCAGCUGUGUCGUUACCCCACCUUGGAUGACCAGCAACCUGCCGUCAAAGACGUCUUCUACGGAGAUGGCCAUCAUUUCUCCUCCGCCGUGGGUCCCGCCUGCUCGCUGAGCCCUUACGCGUCUUCCGCCCACCCGGCUUCCGGCUACGGCUCUAGCUCGGACGCCAUCCUGAACGAUCCCGGUCUGGAGGUUGAGACGGCGGCUCACAUGCUGGACGCCGGCGAUGGAUUCGGUUUUGGACUCAACCACUCGACCGGCGGCAGCGGCGGCAGUGGUACGGGACAAACGUAUUCUGCUGCGGGACAAAAUGAUUAUUUUGGAAACGGUAGCUACCUGGAUGGCCAGCGGAUGGCGCCGGCGGUGGAGCAGCAUGUGUCGGUCAUCAGCAGCGUAAACCCCCUCCUCCUGCUUCGCUCACCAUACUCCGACGUCCAUGACCCGCUCAACAUCCUUGACCGGCCCGGCAGGAAGAGCGGAACCUUCUUCAGUGACGGCCACAAUGCGGCAGGCUCGGCCCCCUGCAUGUACGCCGUGUCCUCGUCGGCCUUCUCCCCCCAGGAGGCUUCGUUGUCGCAGCAGCAGGACCCGGUCUCUUCGUUGCCCCCCAUCGACACAGUCUUCAUGGGCGCCCCAGGGGUACCGUGACACAAGCAAGACCCAGGGGUUCCCCUUCAAGGGGGGCUGGGGGAGGCUAAGGCGAGCGGUUUGACUAGCGCUGCACCUGUGUCGCGGACGCUGAAUACAAGCGACAUGUCACUCUUAAUGAGCCAAUUUAUCCAGUGGCGGCGAGGUCCUUGGCGAGUCCUUUCAUCUAAGCGCCGCCUUGACAAGAAGAGCUCGCAGGAGCUGAAGGAGACAUCCUGGUUGGGGGAAACAAAACAAACAAAAAAAACAAACAAAAAAGAGGCUCGCUGGCCAAGCAUCCAUCGGUCUGUCCAAUUUCCUGGCGCUUGUCGUCAUUAAGGUGGUGGCUGAACUGGAGUCUGACGCAGCUGACUUUGGGGCGAAAGACAUGAUACACCCUGGAAUGGUCGCCCGUCAAUGUGAGGGCACAUAGUGACAAACGUGGACUAGUUGCCAGCAUACCAUUCAGAAGUGUGGCGGUGACUAAUAAUAGGUUUGAUAUCGAAAAGCGCUUUUUGUUACCUCAUCUAGAGUAUAUUUAUGAACUUAACUGUAUUGAAAAAAUAAGUCCUUUUCUUUCAGAGGGAGAUGU